AUGACAUCGCUCCCAGGAGUGAUAUCAUCACACCGCUCCCGGGAGUGUGACCAAGAGGCCCGUCCUGCACCCUUCUCCCCUACUGGUCAGGGUAUCCCCUACUCCAGGUGUGUGGAAAGCUGCCUCCCUGGGCAAAGCAGGAUUACGAAGGAGGGGAAGGAUGUCUGUUGCUACUAUUGUGUUCAGUGCCCCAAAGGGAGGAUUUCAGUCCACAUGGAUGCAGAUCUGUGUGAAAAGUGCCCAGAAGAUCAGUAUCCAAACAAGAAACAGAUUCGGUGCAUCGGCAAAGUGAUCACCUACUUAUCCUACACUGAACCCCUGGGAGCACUUCUGGCUUCCUUUGCCCUUUUCCUUUCUGUGAUGACAAUGAUGGUGAUGGGGAGUUUCCUUCUGCACUGGGCCACUCCCAUCGUCAAAGCCAACAACCGGAGCAUCACCUGCACCCUCCUGGCCUCUCUGCUGCUCGGCAUUCUCUGCUGCUUCCUGUUCAUUGGCAAACCUGGGAAGGUGACCUGCCUUCUUCGCCAAACUCUCUUUAGCAUCACCUUCUCCGUCUCAGUUUCUUCUGUGCUGGGCAAAACCAUCACUGUGGUUGUGGCUUUCAUGGCCACCAAACCAGGAAACAGGAUGAGGAAAUGGGUUGGGAAGAGGCUGGCACUGUCAGUUAUUAUUGUUGGUUCUUUCAUUCAAACAGGCAUCUGUGUUGCGUGGUUGGCAAUUUCACCCCCUUUCCCAGAGCUGGACAUGCAUUCCCAGGUGGGUCAGAUCACAGUGAAAUGCAACGAAGGCUCAGAGAUCAUGUUCUACCUAGUCCUGGGCUACAUGGGCUUUCUGGCCACCAUCAGUUUCACUGUGGCUUUCCUAGCAAGAAGGUUACCUGACAGUUUCAAUGAAGCCAAGCUGAUCACCUUCAGCAUGCUGCUCUUCUGCACUGUUUGGGUGUCCUUUGUCCCAACAUAUCUUAGCACCAAAGGGAAAUACAUGGUGGCCGUGGAGAUCUUCUCCAUCUUGGCCUCCAGUGCUGGCUUGUUGGGUUGUAUCUUCCUCCCCAAAUGCUACAUCAUUAUUCUGAGACCUGAUCUGAACACCAGAGAGCAACUCAUAAGGAAAACUAGGAAAGAGACCAAAAUUUGCCACUAG